GCCCAAAAAAAUGAAAAAUUCGAUAUGUCCUAAAACCCUAAAUUCGCUAAACCCCUUCCCUCGCCUUUUGAACCUUAUAAAGCCCUAAACCCCUCUCUCUCUCUCUCUCUCUCUCUCUCUGGUUCGAUCUGCAAUUUGGAACAUGAAUUUCAACAAUUUUCGAGUUCCCAAGGUGCCAGGUGGUGGUGCUGUUCCUACUUUACUUAAGCUGGGUAUUAUUGGUGGGCUAGGUGUGUGGGGAGCUUCUAACAGUCUCUACAAUGUUGAAGGAGGGCACCGAGCAAUCGUUUUCAACCGUAUUGUUGGUGUCAAAGACAAGGUUUAUCCUGAAGGGACUCACCUGAUGUUUCCAUGGUUUGAAAGGCCAGUAAUUUAUGAUGUUCGUGCACGCCCCCAGAUGGUUGAGAGUACUUCAGGGAGCCGUGAUCUCCAGAUGGUGAAGAUAGGUCUUCGAGUUCUAACUCGUCCUGUGCCGGACCAGUUGCCUACAGUUUAUCGUACUUUGGGUGAGAACUACAAUGAAAGAGUUUUGCCUUCAAUUAUUCAUGAAACUUUGAAAGCUGUGGUUGCACAAUAUAAUGCCAGCCAACUUAUUACUCAGAGAGAGGCUGUUAGCCGAGAAAUACGGAAGAUAUUGACAGAGAGGGCAGCCAAUUUCAACAUUGCACUUGAUGAUGUGUCCAUCACAAGCCUAACAUUUGGAAGGGAGUUUACAGCUGCAAUUGAAGCCAAACAGGUGGCUGCGCAAGAAGCCGAGAGGGCCAAAUUUGUUGUGGAAAAAGCAGAACAAGACAAGAGAAGUGCUAUUAUCCGUGCUCAGGGAGAGGCAAAGAGUGCCCAGCUGAUCGGACAAGCUAUUGCCAACAAUCCGGCGUUUAUCACACUGAGGAAAAUUGAAGCAGCUAGAGAAAUUUCGCACACAAUGUCGAAUGCAGCCAACAAGGUUCUCUUGAAUUCCGACAAUCUGUUACUGAACCUUCAGGAAAUGGAAUUGGACAGCACAGGUAAGAAAUAAAUAAGCAAAUCAAGUUUUAGACACUUCUCCCCCUCUACUUUUGUUUCGAAUUGUUCAGUAGCGGGAAAAUAUUACAUGUAAUUGGCAUGGAGGACAUGUUAAAUUAUUCUGUUUGUUUUUGGAUUCUCUGGAUGGAAGGAAAAUUUGAUAAAUGCUGAGAAACUAUGUAAAUGGGGGAGAGCUGAAUCUCUUUUGGAAACUCUUGAGACCUGGGAGUUGUUUGAUGACACUGAAAGUCAAGUGUUGAAACUUUUAGAAUCUGAAUUUAAGUGUUGAAGUUUAUGUGGUAAAUUAAAAAUUACUAUGUUUUUUAGAUGUCUUUUUGAAUUUAAAGUGUUUAGCAUUCAGUGACAAGUGAAGUCACUAGCAUUUGAAAUUUUAUCUGAUUUUAAGUGGAGCUUAUCUUUUUAAGUGA